UCGAACGUGUCUUGACAGAGCUUGUCUCAUAUACCCCGUGAUCUCCAAAACAACAUAACAAAAGUGGAGGAAAACAUGGCGAGCGGAGAGGAGGCUACAAAACGUCCCUUGCUCACCUCCUCUUCGGUCGGCCUGGAGGACCUCUUCUCUUCCGGGACUUCGGAGCAGGCGGCCGGGGAGGGGAACCCGGAGCUUGAGCGCCUGCGGGAGCGUCUCCAAGCUUGGCUAUCGCAGUACGAGCCCCUGCUGCUGUGGGUGCAGAGGCUGCUGGUCUGGGAGAGGCCGCUCUAUAGCAUCUCAGCCGCCCUCACACUCAACACCCUAUUCUGGCUUCUGUCGUCCACCUCCCUGCGGCCCCUGUUCCUACUGAGUGUCUCCCUGCUGGGCCUGAUGCUGCUGGAGAGAUGGAAGCCCAAGUUGCCCAUCAUUACAGUCCAACAUGCUGAGGCCGAACCUUCACAAAGUUUGAGUACAGAGCACCAUCUGCUCAGCGUUCCUGAGCUCAGCCACCACCUCGCUGAAAGCUACCUGACAUGCUGCCUCUACCUUCAGGAGAUGCUGCAGUACAAACGCAGAAACCAUGGAAAGUUCUGCGUGAUGAUGUGCUGUGGCUGUUUUGCGCUCGCUUUGGUUGGACAUUAUGUGCCGGGAAUCAUGAUUUCAUACAUCAUAGCCCUCAGCGUGCUGCUGUGGCCCCUGGUAGUGUAUCAUGAGCUGAUUCAGAGGAUGUACACCGGCUUGGAGCCAAUCCUGAUGAAACUGGACUACACCAUGAAGGGCGAGACCGAGCACCGCAAGCACGAUAAGAGGAAGGUAAAAAAAGAGGUGGAGGAAGGGGACGAGCCCAGAGCUGAAACAGAAAGUGAGAGCGAGGAAGAGGAGGAGGAGUUGUCCUGUUUUGCUACAACGGUGGAUAUGAAGACUACAGCUCUGGCGAUGGCCAUCACAGACUCUGAACUGUCUGAUGAAGAGGCGUCCAUACUGGAGAGUGGAGGGUUCCCAGUCUCUAGAGCCACCACACCUCAACUAGCCGAUUUCUCUGAAGACUUGGACCAACAGAGUUUCCACAGUGACCCAGAGGAGGCCUAUCUGCGGGAUCUUCCUGAGUUCCCCUCUGUUGACGAGUUUCCAUCCAUAGAGCCCAGUUUGCUCCACUUCCCCAUGCGGGGUCCAGGCCAUGGCGAUGGAGCCCAGGCUCAGUCGGAGAAGGAGCCGCUGAGCCCCGCCACCCUCCUCAUCCAGCACCUGGCCUCGCCUCUGCACUUUGUGAACACGCAUUUCAACGGACAUGGGCAGCCGCCCGGCGGCGCGGAGAGCGCCCCUCCUGCUUCGGACGUAAAGGAGGAAGCGCAGAAGGAGGCGGCGGUGAGCCAGGGCACGCAGCGCUCCUUGGAGGCGUUGAGCGAGGAGAUAGUGAGCACGGCCAUAUCCACUGUCGUGCAGAACACUCUGUCGGCUCUGCUGCGCUCCAGCGAGGCCAGCGAGGAGCCCUCCCUGGCAGAGUUCCUCCCGACUGAAUCCUUACCGGGCGUUCUGGAAUCCUCCACCAAAUCAGCCGACACCGCUGACACUAUAGUAGGAGCCCUCGAUCCGGACAGAGACCUGGAAGAGGGGGUGACGACAACGGAAAGCGGUACUGGAGAAGAACACCCGGAUGACACUCUAGUUCCAACCGAAGAAGAGGACUUUGAGCUUUUGGACCAAAGUGAACUGGAGCAGGUGGAUGAGGGCCUGGACAGAGCAGCUCCAGACGCACCGCAACAACCACAGUCAUAGCCCCUGGUGCCCACCUUCCACCUGCUUUCUUUUUUUUAUCUGUACGUUAAACCUACAUCAUAUCCAUACAUAUAGAAAAAAUGCAUUAACCCCAGAGUUUAAAAAUAUUUGGGGGGUAAAGGAGGAGACUUGAGGUAAUUGCUUCCACAUUUCAAGAUUCGUCUCAGACUUGGAAUACUUCUUUGUUAGUCAGGCAGCGUUCAGUAGAAGAAAACCUUACUGUACCUUUAAAGGGGACAUAUAAUCAUUCAUAGCUUCAUUGGUAGAAGUUCCUUUGAUCCGUUGGGAUCUUUUAACCAGCAAACGUAGGGUGGGUGCUGAAAAAAAAACGCUUUUCUUUGGUUAAAAUAAAAAUAAAAUCAGUUGUGCAAAAAAAAAUCCCAAAUUGAUCCCAAUUUUAAAAAUAUAUUAUUUGCCUGUAUGGCUAUAUUUAAGCCUGUAUGGUUUAAACCUUAUAUGGAAAAUUAAUAAAUCUGCAACCAAAGAAUCUGAUCUCAGCUAUU